UCCGCCUUUUACAGCCCUUUUGUGAGCCCCACCGGAUUCCCUGCAGUUAAAUUCCCGCGUCUUGCUCAUUCAAGACCAAACGCAUCCCUGGCUGUUCCUGCAACCUCUCUCCUUUCCAGAGGAGCUGAAAACAUCCUGACUUCUUCAGGAAGGCUUCCUGCCCAGCCAGACCCAGCCAGGCUCCUGAUGGAGGUCCAGAUCCCGCUUGCUCUCCUACUGGCCGCCUGGAGCUGCUCCUUCCCCUCCUCCUGCUCCUCCUCCUCGCCCUCCUUCACCCACCAGCUGGCGCAACUGAGCAGCCGCCGCAGCAGCUGCAAGCCCGUGCCCAGCAGCAUGAGCCUGUGCCACGGCGUGGGCUACAGUGAGAUGCGCUUGCCCAACCUCCUGGGCCACGAGACCAUGAAGGAGGCGCUGCAGCAGGCCGCCUCCUGGGUGCCCCUCCUCACCAAGCAGUGCCACCGAGACACCAAGAAGUUCCUCUGCUCCCUCUUCGCCCCCGUCUGCAUCAGCGAGCUGGACGAGCCUAUCUUCCCCUGCCGCUCCCUCUGCGAGGCCGUCCGGGACGGCUGCACGCCCGUCAUGGCUGCCUUUGGCUUCCCCUGGCCGGAGAUGCUCAACUGCAGCCGGUUCCCCCGGGGGAACGAGCUCUGCGUCCCGCCGGCUGGCCCGGAUGACAGGGUGCAGAUCCCCAAAGAAGACACAGUGUGUGCGGCCUGUCUGCAUACUGAGAUCGGGGAGAAGGAAUUCCUGGAGAACGUCUGCAGCCAGGACUUUGCCUUAAAAAUGAGCAUCAAAUCUUCAUCUGCCAUCGACGGGGACCUCCAGCUGAUCCCUGAGCUCCGGGGACGCACCCUUUACAGGCAGGACGGCUGGUCAGAGGAAGAGCGGAAGAGGCCGGUUCUGUGGCUGACUGGCGGAGAGGCUUGCUCCUGCGAGGAAGUGGCAGCGGCAGGCCCUGGGUCCGUGGUCCUUGCCAUGGGGCACAGGGUAGCUGGCCGGCUCGUCCUGUCCUGGGUCAGGAGGUGGCGGCGGGGGGAGAAGGAGCUGAAGAAGUUCACCCGGGCCGUGCGGAAAAUGCAGUGUUAAGAGGCAGCAACGUUUCCUCCUCCCCUCCCAUAACCAGGUUCUGCAAUUUAUCUUCUGCAGUGGAAUUCCUGCAUCGCAGCGGGGUGGGAUGGAUGACCCUGUGGGGUCCCUUCCAACUUUGCACAUCUAUGAUUCAAGCCAGACAAUGCGUUUAGAUUUAGCCGGGCUUCUGGCAUGCCUGACACUUCCUCCAGAUUGUGUUAGGAUAUGGUAUCUAAUAUUGGAUAAAUAUCUGGUGGAGCCAUGACCCUUCUGUAGGUAUGGGGGGGGGGAGCAACUUCACCGGCCAGGGGUUGGACGCCAGAAACAGCCAGUUUCAGGCUCUAGGAUGCCACCAUUCCAUACUUCCAUUUGGAUUAGAAUUUUCAUCUGCAUGGAAAUGGCAGUGUUAAAAGACAUUUGUCCCUCCCCAGCCUCAAAUUAGUAGACUACUGGGUGUGUGUGUGUGAUAUUUCCCCCGAAACCCAGCAUUUUAUACUGUGUGUUUGCAUUUCGUGGCUUCUUUAUCCACUAAAAUGUUUGCUUUUAACACAUGAAUCAAUAAAUAUACGG